UGGGCGUAGUCAGGCCAGCUCCAGGUCCGCAGAGCAGUGGGAUUGGCCCCUUAGCUGGAACCCACGGAUCCGACGAUGGGAUGCUCCUGCCCGCUGCUGCUGUGGCUGGGAGCUGCCGGAACUAUUCUUUGCUCCAACUCAGAGUUCCAGGCACCUUUGCUAACAUCCUCGCCCUUGCCGGUGCUAGUCUCCAAUUCCCAGGAGCAGAAAGUCACCCCCACGCCCAGUAGAUUGGAGCCAGCUUCCCUCCCAAAUCCUCUAGGCGCGCGGGGGCCUUGGGUGUUCAGCACCUGUGGCGCCAGCGGCCCGGGGCCCACACAAACACAGUGCGACGGGGCAUACUCAGGAAGCAGCGUGGCGGUGACGGUGGGAGCUGCUGGGCCGCUGCAAGGCGUGCAGCUGUGGCGGGCGCCAGACACCGGCCAGUAUCUGAUCUCCGCCUACGGAGCCGCGGGCGGCAAAGGCGCCAGAAACCACCUGUCCCGGGCGCACGGCAUCUUCCUCUCGGCGGUCUUCUUCCUCAGCCGAGAGCCGUUGUACAUCCUUGUGGGGCAGCAGGGCGAGGACGCCUGUCCCGGAGGCAGCCCUGAGAGCCAGCUCGUCUGUCUGGGAGAGUCUUGGGCCACCGGAGAGCAUGCGGCAACGGAUGGGACCGGAAGGGUCCCAGGCUGGAGACGCUCCGGCGGGGGCGGGGGUGGCGGGGGUGCCACCUACAUCUUCCGGGUAGCUGCGCGCGGGGAGCCAGAGCCGCUGCUGGUGGCGGCGGGAGGCGGCGGGAGGGGCUACUGGAGGCGACCCGACCGAGGCCGGACUCAGGGCCCCGAGAAACUGGAGAACCGCGCGGCGGCGCCGGGGAGCAGCGGGAGAGGAGGCGCGGCAGGUGGGGGCGGCGGCUGGACGUCGCUGGCCCCCUCUCCGCAGGCGGGACGCUCACUGCGGGAAGGGGCCGAGGGCGGCGAGGGCUGCGCGGAGGCCUGGGCCACGCUCCGCUGGGCCGCGGCUGGAGGCUUCGGGGGCGGCGGCGGGGCCUGCUCGGCGGGCGGCGGCGGCGGCGGCUACCGGGGUGGUGAUACUUCAGAGUCCGACAUCCUCUGGGCUGACGGGGAAGAUGGCGUAUCCUUUGUACACCCCAGCAGCGAGCUCUACCUGCAGCCUCUGGCAGUCACAGAGGGCCACGGGGAGGUGGAGAUCCGGAAGCAUCUCAACUGCAGUCACUGCUCAUUCAAAGACUGCCAGUGGCGGGCAGAGCUCCAGAUGGCUGAAUGCAUCUGCCCAGAGGGCAUGGAGCUGGCUGUGGAUAACGUCACUUGCAUGGACCUGCCAACCACCGCAAGCCCUCUGAUGCUGAUGGGAGCCAUAGUGGUAGCCUUGACGCUGAGCCUCCUUAUGACGUGCGGAGUCCUGAUUCUAGUGAACCAGAAGAAGUGGCAGAACCUGUGGGGGACCAGGCUGCCAGGCCCUGAGCUUGAGCUGAGCAAGCUUCGAACCUCUGCCAUCAGGACAGCCCCUAAUCCCUAUUACUGCCAGGUGGGGUUCGGCCCUGCCCAGUCCUGGCCUCUGCCCCCGGGGCUCACUGAGGUUUCCCCGGCCAACAUCACUCUACUCAGAGCCCUUGGCCGUGGUGCCUUUGGGGAGGUGCAUGAGGGACUGGUAGUUGGUCUUCCUGGGGACUCCAGCCCUCUGCAGGUGGCUAUCAAGACGCUGCCAGAGCUCUGCUCCCGUCAGGACGAGUUGGACUUUCUCAUGGAGGCUCUCAUCAUCAGCAAGUUCAGCCAUCAGAACAUCGUUCGCUGUGUGGGCCUCAGCUUCCAGGCUGCCCCUCGCCUUAUUCUGCUGGAGCUGAUGUCUGGUGGGGAUAUGAAGAGUUUUCUGAGACAGAGCAGACCACACCCGGGCCAGCCAUCACUUCUGGCCAUGCAGGACCUGUUGCAGCUGGCCCAGGAUAUCGCCCAGGGCUGCCACUACCUGGAGGAAAACCACUUCAUCCACAGAGACAUCGCCGCCCGUAACUGUCUGCUGAGCUGCGCCGGCCCCGGCCGGGUGGCCAAGAUUGGAGACUUUGGAAUGGCAAGAGACAUCUACCGGGCCAGUUAUUACCGUAAGGGGGGCCGGGCCUUGCUCCCCGUCAAGUGGAUGCCCCCAGAAGCUCUCCUGGAGGGCAUUUUCACAUCCAAGACAGACUCCUGGUCUUUCGGGGUACUGCUCUGGGAGAUCUUCUCACUGGGUUAUAUGCCCUACCCUGGCCAUACCAACCAGGAGGUCCUAGACUUCAUUGUCACCGGGAGCCGGAUGGACCCUCCUAGGAACUGCCCUGGGCCAGUGUACAGGAUCAUGACCCAGUGUUGGCAGCAUCAACCUGAGCUCCGCCCUGACUUUGCCAGCAUCUUGGAGCGCCUUCAAUACUGCACUCAGGAUCCUGAUGUGCUGAAUUCACCCCUGCCAGUGGAACCAGGGCCCAUUCUAGAGGAGGAAGGGGCUUCUGGGCUGGGGAACAGGUCCUUGGAGGGUCUUAGAUCCCCACAGGCCCUGGAGCUGAGUUCAGAGAACUUGAAAAGCUGGGGAGGAGGCCUUCUUGCCUCUUGGCUGCCCUCUGGCCUCAAGGCCCUCAAAUCCAGAUGCUUCCGACCUCAGAGCAUUUGGAACCCCACCUAUGGCUCUUGGACCCCAAGGGACCCCAAGGAUGGAGACUCAGGCGCUGACUUCAGCAAUGGCUUCUCCUCGCAUUCCUUCCCAGGCAUCUAGAUGGGUUGUUAGUCCAGUAGCCUCUACCCUGCAGUCUAUGACCAUGUGGUCAGAUAUGUGUCAGGGCUGUCCUGGAAGCCUGGCCUCUCCACACUGGAAACCAGUCCAAACCCUCCUGGGGAAGGGCCUGGCCACUCUCUGUCUUUGGAGCCAGAGAUCACACACCCACCCACUGCAGGACUCGGUUGGGAAUCCCAGAUUGUCCUCUCCCCUAAGCAUCUUUCAUCUGACCCAUCCCCAGUGCUGCAGAUGUUUCUAAUAAUAAUUAAAAACAAAACCACCACCACCAC